CCAACAACAACACGGUCGCUUCCAUCAGGCUGCACUGCCAGCUCGGCAGGCGUGCAAUGAAUGAGCAGGUCGACAACCUGGCAGGGACCUCCCUGAAGGGCUUCUUGGCUUCUCUGGUGUCGUCCAUCGUCUUUGCAGCCAUCUUUCUGAUUGCCUUUAUACUGCUGCGUACCAAGCUCCGGCGCUUCUAUGAGCCGCGCGCCAAUAUCGAGACACUGCCAGAGGAGAAGAAGAUCGAGCCGCUGUCGCGUCGGCCUUGGGCAUGGCUACCCCCUGUGCUUGUUUUGUUUCUGCAUAAGAAGCGCAUCAUUGAAAAGAGUGGCAUGGAUGCAUACUACUUCAUUCGCUUUAUUGGCAUGGUGCUCGUCAUCUUUGCACCAGCACUUCUUCUCACUUGGCCCAUCUUGCUACCACUGAAUCGCGUUGGCGGUAUUGGUAGUAAUCCGCCUUCAGACAUCACACCCGUCAAGGGCCUCGACCAAUAUUCCUUUAGUAACGUUGAUCGUUCCAAUACCGAUCGCUACUGGGCACACCUCGUUCUCGCAUGGCUUUUUGUCAUUUGGAUCUGUAUCGUCGUCACAUAUGAACUACAUCACUUUGUGCGCACACGACAAAACUGGCUCCUAUCACCCAAACAUCGUCAAAAGGCCAGCGCCACCACAAUUCUCGUAACGGGCAUUCCGAAGCACUUGCUGGAUACCAAGAGCUUACGGGAGCUCUUUUCUCCGCUGCCAGGUGGUGUCAAGAAUAUUUGGCUCAACCGUAAGUUUGCAGGCUUGCUCAAUACCAUCAAUCAGCGUGAUGCCAUUUCCCGGCGGCUCGAGGGCGCUGUAGUCAUGCUGCAGCAGCGUGCUCACAAGAAGCAAUCCACUCAAGAUCUCCAACGCCCUCAGCAUCGGCUUCCUAUAGCCUCCUGGAUGUUCAGCUUCCCUAAUUGGAUGCUGAUUGGCAAGAAAGUCGACACUAUUGACUGGUGCAAAGCAGAACUUGCUCGACUCAACCCUGAGAUCCUCGAAAAGCAGGCCAACCCCAAUGACUUUGAGCCAAUGAACUCGGCCUUCAUCCAAUUUCAUCGUCAAAUAUCAGCACACAUGGCCGUGCAGUCCGUGUCGUAUCACAAGGCGAUGGCCAUGACACCGAGUUAUCUCGAGCUUUCACCACAAGAUGUUCUCUGGGACAACAUGCAAAUGCUCUGGUGGGAGCGGUAUAUUUGGAUUGUCGGCGUUUGGGGUCUCGUGGUCGCUCUGGUCAUUUCUUAUGUUAUCCCAGUGACGUUCAUUGGUAGUCUGAGUCACUUGACGUCGCUCAUUGAGCUUCUACCCUUUCUCGAGUUUCUCAACAAUGCGCCAUCAUGGACACAGGGUCUCAUAACGGGGCUUUUGCCGACUCUCCUUAUUGCCAUUAUUCUGGCGCUCGUGCCACUUCUCAUGCGACUUGGUGGUCGUUUGCAAGGUUGGCCCAACAAGUCUGUGGUGAGUCUCAAAGUGCAAAACAUGUAUUUUCUGUUCCUCUUUGUGCAGGUCUUUCUGGUGGUGACCAUUUCGAGUGGCGUCACUGCACUCAUCGAUACUGCUAUUGCCAAUCCGUCGCAAAUACCUCAGCUUCUUGCGACGAAUCUGCCCAAGGCGAGUAAUUUCUUUUACUCCUAUCUCUUGCUGCAGGGUAUCUCAGGAAGUGCAGGCGAUCUUCUCUCACUCUGGUCCCUCUUCAUUUUUUACUUCAACAAGAUGAGUGAUUCCACUCCUAGAAGUAAAUGGAAGCAACAGAAUACGCUGCGCAACUUGACCUGGGGUACAAAGUUCCCAUCAGUUACCAACUUUGCUGCCAUUGGCAUCAUCUACUCCAUCAUUGCACCGCUCAUCAUGCUUUUUGUUAUUGUGGCAUUUAUCCUAUUUGCCAUUUCAAAUUGCUACAACUUUUACUAUGUCUACGAUUUUGCUACAGAUACAGGUGGUCUCUCCUAUCCAACGGCACUGAUGCAAUUAUUUACUGGCGUUUACUUUUUGGAGCUGUGCUUGACGGGCCUCUUCUUUCUGGUGCGUAAUGCAGAUGGUUCAGGUGUCCCAUGCAAGAUACAGGGAAUUCUCAUGGUUGUGCUACUCGUAUUGACCAUUGUCUUCCAAGUCAUGGUGUAUCGGACCUACAGACCACUGGCCGAGUUCCUCCCACUCGACCUCAACAAGGACACGCGCGAGAUUGCAGAUGGCGAAGAAGCACUCCUCUCACGCAGUGCCACCGAUACACAAGAUGGUAGCUAUGAUGAAAACAAGGAAACACGUCACGAUGCGAACAUUGCAGAAAUGGAUAUCGAGUCGAGUGUUUCACGAGAGGAGCGAGAGGUGUUGUUGCUUGAGGCGUUUAAGCAUGAAGCGUUACGUCGACGGGAACCGGUCUUGUGGAUUCCUCGGGAUGCACUGGGUGUGGGUGAAGAGCAAAUCGAGGGAUUGCCAGAGGGAGUCCAUGCCACGUUGCAGGGUGCAUUUUUGGAUGAGAAAGGAAAGGCUCGCUAUGAAGAGGGCGUCUUUCCGCCAGAUUAUGUCCGUUCGGAUGAUUUUUUGCUUUGAGCAUCGCAUCAAAUGCCUGUCUUGGUAGCAUAGACGCGUAAGAAAUCUUCAUUGGA